AUGGAUCCUCCACAACAAAGUCCAACAGCAAAUCCAGAGUUGGUGAUAAAUUUGGUACAGAAAUCCAUGGAAGAAGCGUUGAGAGAAGCAAAAAUUGAAGUAGCAUUGUUAGGAACUCACAUAUGGCCGAUUGAAACACUGCUAGAGAAUCGGCUUUCUGCAAUACGUAGUGUACGAGAAGAUGCCUCUCUGCUACUCAGUCUUUGCAAAGACCGUGACAUCAGCAAGUAUAGUCUUAAGUUGUCUUUGAUAAUUGCUUCGGGUAGAGACAGUGGUACCCGUUUAGCAGCGGUAAUAGAAUUAAGGGGUGAAUUGACAGGUGACAACUGGGAGAGUUUAUAUAUGCUAAAUAACGAGACUGAAUUGUGUCUUAGGGAAGUUCUGUUAAGUUGUGUAAAAACCGAGUUGUCUAUUCCAGUAGCUACUCAAGUGUGUUCUUUGAUAGCUAGAUUGGCAUUUUCAACACGACUUAAUGGUUGGGUGAACUGUUGGCCCCAAAGAGUGACAGAUUUUGUUUGUGGAUAUAUGUUGGAUGCUGAUACUUCGGCUAUUCUUCGUAAAAGGGUCUUGAAGAUUUUUUCUGAAUGGUGUAGAUCAGCUCCUGUGGUUUUACUUAGCAUCUGUACUGAAAAUAAGGAUAAGUUUCAUGCUGCAAUUAUCAGAUACCUUGUUGAGUGGAAUCCAACUGUAAGCAUGGCUGCUCUUGAUGCAACAUUGGGUUCCUUGCCACACUUGAGGAAAGGAGGUCAGGAAGAUGUAUUCAGCCAGAUGCUUAGUGGUGUCAGAACGUUGUUGAGUCGGGCAAUGGAUGACGAGAGAGAAGAUUGCAUCCAAGAAAGCAUGGACUUGCUUAUAGAUCUGGCCAGGGAUCAGCCCGAUUUGUUGGCUAAUGAUGAAUUGUGGGCUGGCAUGAUGCAAAUCGCUGCUGCUGAAAACAUGGAGAGUGAGACCAUUGAUAAAGGUAUUGAGCUUUUGCUUCUCUUAGCUGAGAGUGGUAAUAGCUCACCUGGGACUCCAGAAAGUGAGUUGAUGUCGCUGUUUUUUCGUUACUUACUUGUCAUUGAAGAUGAAGCUGAAGGGGAUGAGUCAGAGUUGUUUGUGAUCGGACGGGAAGGGAUUGCCCGUUUGGCUGCAGCCUUUGGGGAAGGAAAGAUGUUAUUCAUGACCCAGUUUUAUCAUAUAAAGUAUGGCUCGGGUGCUGAUUGGAGGGGCCGCCAUGCUGUGGUGGUUGCGGUUGAUGCUAUUCUUGAGGGGUGUUCAAGAGAAUCAAACAUGUCUUAUGAAGGUCUUCAAAGGUUGAUGAAGAUAGCUCUAAGGUCGACUAAAGACCAACAUUGGAGGGUGCACCUGGCAGCACUGAAGCUUAUUUUGCAUUUGUUCCCAGCUAACCUGCAACUGUAUUGGGACUUCAAGGCUGUUGUACAGAACCAUGUAGAUGCAGAGCAUCUACAGGACAUCCAGAGGUUGAGGUAA